UUUUUCACUCUGUUUUUUUCUUCUUCUCUCUUACAGCGUGGUGAAUGGGAAAUCUUUGAUAGGCGGAUGUGGAGUUAGAGGUGGCAGCGGCCGGAGUGCCUAAGAAGAGAACAUUCAAGAAAUUUAGCUUCAGAGGUGUCGAUUUGGAUGCUCUCCUUGAUAUGUCCACCGAUGAGUUUGUCAAGCUCUUCCCUGCUCGUGCUCGUAGAAGGUUCCAAAGGGGUCUCAAGAGGAAACCCAUGGCUUUAAUUAAGAAACUCCGCAAGGCAAAAAGGGAGGCCCCUCCUGGUGAGAAACCAGAACCGGUUAGAACCCACCUGCGGAAUAUGAUCAUUGUACCCGAAAUGAUCGGAAGCAUGAUCAGAGUGUACAAUGGCAAGACAUUUAACCAGGUUGAAAUCAAGCCUGAAAUGAUUAGCCAUUACCUUGCUGAGUUCUCCAUUUCAUACAAGCCAGUUAAGCAUGGUAGAGCUGGUAUUGGUGCUACUCAUUCUUCUAGGUUCAUUCCUCUGAAAUGAAGUUCAUUUCUGCAUCUUCAAAUACUUGAUCUGCUGUUUACUUUGAACAGACAC